AUGAAUCCUGCCUUUAGUGAAAGCAUAGACUCCCCCAAUGACAUGCUUGUCGAUUCCGACGACCUGCUCGUCGACCCUGAGAACGAGAAAGACGAUGUCGCCAUCAUAAACCCAGACAGCGAUGCCGAGUCGAGUCUGCGCGCAGAUAACUAUGAGGCCAUGAGCGAUUUUGUACUUCCUCCGCUGCCAGAGGAUCCGCCGGCGCUAGCAGAAGGCCACCAUACCUGGCAUAUAGAACAAUGGAGGAACGCCCCGCGAAGGGAACAUGGCCCUGUCUUUGAAGUUGGAGGGUUUCCUUGGCGUGUUCUCAUGUUCCCAUUUGGUAACAAUGUCGACCACACAUCUUUCUACCUAGAACAAGGAUUCCCAGACGGCGAACCGCCGGAUGACUAUGUCUGCUGUGUGCAGUUUGGUCUUGUCCUCUGGAAUCCAAAUGCACCCGAAAUAUUCACCCACCAUACCGCACACCACCGGUUUACAAAGGAAGAAGGCGAUUGGGGCUUUACUAAAUUUGUUGAAUUGAGAAAACUAUGGAACACUCCUUGGGACUCAUCGGGUCGCUUGUUGGUGGAGGACGAUGCUGCAAAUAUGACAGCAUACGUCAGGGUAGUAAAAGAUGAGACUGGAGUUUUAUGGCACAACUUUCAGAAUUACGAUUCGAAAAAGGAGACUGGCUACGUUGGGCUUAAGAACCAAGGAGCUACGUGCUACCUGAACUCGCUCAUCCAGUCGCUGUAUUUUACUAACGCAUUCCGAAAAGCUGUAUAUCAAAUUCCAACACAAGAUGAAGAAACUCUUCAAAACUCCGCCUAUGCCCUUCAACGGCUUUUCUAUCAACUCCAAACAUCCAAUAAUGCUGUGGGAACGAAUGAACUCACCAAGUCCUUUGGCUGGGAGACGAAGCACAUUUUCGAGCAGCAGGAUGUACAAGAACUUUCCCGAAAACUUAUGGAACGGAUGGAAGAAAAGAUGAAAGGCACGGACGCCGAGAACGUUCUACCCAAGCUUUUCUGCGGCAAGGUUCGAACAUACAUAUCCUGUAUUAACGUUGAGUACGAAUCGCGCCGAGUGGAAGAUUUCUGGGACAUUCAAUUAAACGUCAGUGGAAACAAAACUAUCGAAGAGAGUUUCAAGGAUUAUAUCCAGGUUGAGACGAUGGACGGCGAAAACCAAUAUUUUGCGGGCGACCAGUUCAAGCUCCAAGAUGCGAGGAAAGGUGUCGUUUUUGAGAGCUUCCCAGAAGUGCUUCAUCUACAGCUCAAACGCUUUCAAUACGACAUCGACCAUGAUGCUAUGAUGAAAAUAAACGACCGUUAUGAAUUUCCCGAGACCUUUGACGCAACACCUUAUCUGUGCCAGGAAGCUGAUUUGACCGAGCCAUGGGUUUACCAGCUUCACGGCGUCCUUGUGCACAGUGGGGAUCUCAAUGCUGGCCAUUAUUAUGCGUUCAUCAAGCCGAACAAGGAUGGCUGGUUCUACAAGUAUGAUGAUGAUAAGGUUACAAAAGCUACGCUGCGAGAAGUUCUUGAAGACAACUAUGGGGGUGAAUAUAUCGUAAAUGGGCAAACUCAACUAUCGAAGAAUUCGACGCCUAUUAUGCGUCAGAACAGCGCUUAUAUGCUGGUUUACAUCCGCCAAACGCGGUUAGAAGAAGUUCUACUUCCGGUAGCCAAGGAGGAUACGCCCGCACAUCUCCAACGAAGACUUGAUGAAGAAGCAGCCUAUCGAGAGGCACGCAGGAAGGAGCGGGAAGAGCAACACCUUUAUCUUUCUGUCAAAGUUAUCACCGAGGAUACUUACAAGGCGCAUGGCGGAACAGAUAUAUGUAACUUCGAUGUAAGCCCCGAGGAUUCAGCAGCACCCAAAUCUUAUCGCCUGCUUCGGAAAUCAACCAUACGAGACUUGGCAGAAAAAGUUGGGGAAGACACCAACGUCGAUCCAAGACGGCUACGGCUUUGGUGCAUGGUCAACCGUCAAAACAAGACGACUCGGCCGGACGCCCCUGUUAGCGAUUCAAAUAUGUCCAUCGAAGAGGUCCACCAAAGACAUCUGGGAACCAAAGCAGGGGAGUUGCGAUUAUGGGCAGAGCUUGCAGAAGAUGUCAAUUCCGAGGGAGAGGGGAUAUGGCCGGGUCAACCGGUUAUCUCCAAUGGAGUCAUCCAUAAAAAUGACCUGAUACUUCUCUUUUUAAAAUGGUUUGACGCUGACGCUCAACAACUAAGUGGUGCUGGUCACAUCUAUAUCAGUAGGGAGAAGAAGGUCGAGGACCUUGUCCCUGUGAUUCUUAAAAAGAUGGGCUGGCCAGAGAGAUUACCUAGUGGCGACAAACUUCAACUGAGGAUUUUUGAGGAGAUCAAGCCCAAUAUGAUAGAACCUAUGAAGGCCAAGCAAUCUCUAAAGGCAGCUGAGAUUCAGGAUGGCGACAUAAUAUGCUUCCAAAAGGCUCCUGAUACCAAGAGUCCAGAAUCCGACCGAGAGAGCCCCAAAAACACCCAUUCGGAUCGGGUCGAUGACGCUCGCUUGUUCUACGACUUCCUUGUCCAUAGGCGGCAAGUUCGAUUCCAUGCUCAUCCAACGAGAAACGCGAACCCUGAAGAGUACGACCCAUUCAGCCUCGUGCUUAGUGCCAAACACAGUUAUGAUCAGGUUGCUGCAAAAGUUGGUGAUAAAUUAGGCGUCGAUCCAACUCAUCUUCGGUUUUGGACCGUGAACGCUACGACUGGAAAUGCCAAAGCCUCUGUCAAACGUGGUCCAAGUCAGACUCUACAAACCAUUCUUAAUCCAGCAUAUAGCACUUUCAGCAAUAAUAACCAAAGAGCUGAUGCGCUCUACUUCGAAAUUCUGGACAUCAGUCUGUCAGAAUUAGACACAAAGAAGUCCUUGAAAGUAAUAUGGCUUAGUGAAGGGAUUACAAAAGAGGACCAAUAUGAUGUCCUUGUCCCCAAGAAUGGCAAUGUGGACGAUCUCAUCGCUGCGCUCAUCAAGAAAGCGCAGCUUGAAGAUGAAACCACGGCCGGCCCUAUCCGCGUUUACGAAACCCACAGCAAUAAACUACACAAGGAAUUACCGCGAACUUACGCCGUUAUGAGUAUCACAGAUUACGUUCAGCUAAUUGCGGAACGAAUUCCAGAAGAUGAUCUGAAUGCGGCAGGGACUCAGUUCAUCCCCGCGUUCCAUUUCCAGAACGAGCCCAACAAAGCCCAUGGGAUACCAUUCAAAUUCCGCAUCAUGGAAGGCGAAAAGUUCUCGGAUACGAAGAAAAGACUCGAGAAACGACUUGGUAUUAAGGGCAAGAACUUUGAAAAGAUCAAGUUUGCUGUGGUGAAAAGAAGCUCGUAUUCGAAACCUAUUUAUCUCUCAGACGACGACGUGAUGUGGGAUGUGGCGACUCAAGAUGAUGACAUGCUGGGCCUUGACCAUGUUGAUAGAACGCGGGUUAUUCGAAACGGCGCUGGUGAUCUAUUCCUGAGGUAG